AUGACUUCCUCCAGCAACCUCUGCAUCUGCGUGACCUGCGGCACGCAGUUUGGCAUUCCCUACGAAGAGCGCCCGCCAACCUGCCGCAUGUGCGAUGAGCCGCGCCAGUUCGUCCCCCCGUCCGGCCAGUCCUGGACCACGCUGGCGCGGCUGCGCCCGCACCACCGCAACGAGAUCCGGCAGGACGCCGUCGACGGCCGCAUCUGGUCCAUCUUCUCCCGCCCGGCGUUCGCCAUUGGCCAGCGCGCGCUGCUCGUGGAAACCGACGCCGGCAACGUGCUGUGGGACUGCGUCAGCCUGCUCGACGCCGCCACCGUCGCGUUUGUCCGCUCGCGCGGCGGGCUGCGCGCCAUUGCCAUCUCGCACCCCCAUUUCUACAGCACCCAUCUGGAGUGGGCGAGGGAGUUUGCGUGUCCCGUGUACCUGGCUGAGGAGGACAGGGAGUGGUUGAAUCGUGAGGACGAGGAUGGGCGCCGGCGCUUUGUGAGCGGCCCGGAGCGCGAGAUCCUGCCGGGCGUGCAUGUCGUGAAGCUGGGAGGCCACUUUCCGGGGAGCUCGGCGCUCCACUGGAACAAUAAUCUUUUUGUUGGCGACUCUAUUGGAAUCUCUCAGUCUGGCUUGGUGCGCUCUCACCACAACCACAAGCACCAGACCUUCUUCUUCCAUUACGCAUUCCCCAAUUUCAUUCCACUAGGUCCCACCGCAAUGCUCGAAAUGUGGAAAAGACUGGAGAAAUGGGACUUUACGAGCGUAUUCUCCCUGUUUUAUCAGACAACGGUUCGCGAUCCCAACGUCAAAUCCAUCAUUUUGGACAGCAUGCAGCGCCAAGCCUGUCACCAAGAGAACAACAACCACCCGCUGCUGGAUCAGCGCUACCAGAAUAGGCUGUAA